AGAUAGCGCUUGACAUUCUGUACAGACCCGUUGGUGAUUUGAUCUCAGAAUGAUCGUCUGAUGCUUCUAAGUUGAAAUAAUGAUUUGAUCAUAAUCUCAGGCCAUUUGCGCUGUUUACGCGGAAGUACUGAGUAGGGGAAAGUGGGCUGCUUUCACAGACAUGUGGGUUUUCGGCUAUGGAUCGCUUAUUUGGAAAGUUGAUUUUCCGUUUGAGGAGAAGCGAGUCGGUUUCGUUAAAGGUUUCAGUCGCCGGUUCUGGCAGGGAAGUACAGAUCACCGCGGAGUUCCUGGAAAGCCUGGACGUGUGGUGACGCUAAUUGAAGACCCUGAGGGCUGCGUUUGGGGUGUUGGUUACAAACUUCCAUCAGGCAGGGAGAAAGAGGUGAAGGAGUAUCUGGACUACAGGGAGAAAGGUGGAUAUAGAGUGAUGACAGUUACAUUUCAUCCUAAAGGAGAGGAGCACGAGCCCGUCCAGAACACACUACUCUACAUCGGAUCCUGCGACAACCCAGACUACCUUGGACCAGCACCUCUGGAACUGAUUGCACAACAGAUCCUCAGGUCAGUUGGACCCAGUGGAAAAAACACAGAGUACUUAUUCGAGCUUGCCAAUGCUCUCAGGGAGCUGAUUCCUGAAGAUUCAGAUGAGCACCUGUUCUCCUUGGAGCACAUGGUCAAGAAACUUCUACAGGAAUCGGCGGAGUGACAUCACUACUCCAUGCAGCAUUUUCUCACAUUGGAGGUUCAUCCAUGUACACACACGGGUAGCUCUUACAUGGAGUCUCACUAACUUACCUGCAGAUUAUUAAAACCUCAUUUUAUUUAAUAUUUGUUUCCCUGCUGUAAUGUCAAAUAAAUGCAUCUAUUUAAAGGUCAUAAGCAACAGUCGGAGGAGAGAUGUAGAAUAUCAACUUUACUGUCUAGAAGAAUGACCCAAAAAGCGAAUUCAAUCUUCCUGGUGUCUAAUUUGCACCCUAAAAUUGAAUAAAAUGCUUAAAAUGUA